AUGGCACGGGGUAAGCCGCAUGAUUUGACUGCUUCCCGCAUCGUUUUCUUGGCGCUCUUUGCCUCUUGUUCUCUUACUCACGUCACGAUUUUCCCUCGUUAUGGUUUGCUCGUUUUGUUGCAUCAAGAUUUAUGCGCCGCUGCAGUGCAUUUACGUGAGGCGCCACUUCUACCCUCGCACUUUCUGAGCAACCAAAUGGAAGCCGGUUACACCAUUAUCGCAGAUGCAGCAAAAGAGCUUGACCAAAUCCUGGAUGCUGGCGCCGACCUAUACCUGCAGAGCAUCCGAACGCCCGGUGCCCCACCAAUCAGGGCGGCAUUCGGCUUCUCUCAGCAACCGCUGGAGUCGAACCGAGUCGCCUGUUUGGCCGAGAUUCCCUGCGUGGCAGCAAGCGCGACAAAGUUUGCUGACUUUCCUGUUCUCGUGGACAGACGCGUUGCUGCUGCCAUGAGAGCCUUUUUUGUACACUCCUUUCAAAGAGCAAAAGGCCCGCUAUCAAACGUUACCGACGGUGUCAUUCAAUCACCGGACAGCCUCGACGACAGUCCGCAUGUGACACGCGCGAUGCUUAGCGACUUGCAUCCCACAGUCGUUGCUGUAGCAUGGGCUUGUAUCCCUCAACACGAAAUUUUCGUAUCGCUUCGUCGCCGCUGGCUUCGCGAAACGUGCUUCACCAUAGACGGCAAGGCAGACAGCGGUCAAAAUCUGCAUUGUGCGAUGAAAGAGUUUGUUCUCCUGGAUCUUUUUUUGAGCCUUUGCCCAAAGCUGAAGUCGUUGUGGGAGCAUCGACAAUGGCUCUGCUCCAGCAUGUGUGACUGCGGAUUUCUCAUCGACGGCCCUAAAGAAGGUGAAGAAGCUGCCUUGCCUACUCUCCAGUUCGAGGUACAAGACGACCAGCUGUUUUUUAUGGCCGCACACACCCAUCCCAUGAACUACAACGCUUGGCAUUACCGCCGGCUUAGACUUCGAACCCUGCAUGCAAGCCCGUCAAAUGUCUGCGCGAGAUGGGAUCGUGCGCGUAUCGCCAUUCAAAUGGAUAGCGAGCAAGUCAUUCAGUUCAUCAGAGAGCACAAUGGUGAUAGCUCGGCUACGUCGUAUCUGCUAUUUCUUCUUCACGAACAAGACGCUCUUGACGGAAAGCGUGAUGCAUCUCUCUCCGAAGCAGGGGCAGUAAUGGAAGAUCCCCACCAAGCUGCCGGUGAACUACACAAUAGUGGGACUAAAGAACACUUCAACGUAAGCAAAGAGGGCGAGGGCGGAACGCGCGUCGGCGAGGGCUGCCCGAGAACCGCACUUGCGCCGGCUUUGUGGAGAAACCUUAUGGCGGUCACCCAAACUGAAAUCCGACGACACAGCGAAAAGGGGCAUGAGUGCAUGUGGCACCUUCGCCUAGGGUUGAUUCAAUGGGCAUGUACGCGAUCACCACAGAACAGGGUGCGUUCGCUAUGGAGCGCUGAAGAUGAGCUGAGAUGGGCCUCUACAUAUGCUGGACUUGACCUCGUAGACGGCAUUGAGGCACUUCUAUCUCCGGUGUCGGCGCUCCCUUACGCGUGGUCAGAAUCCUCUGGCUCGUCUGCGUGGACUUCGUUAAACGCUUCUCGCUACGGCUGUCAGCUCACUUCGCUUCUCGGCAAUGCAUCUUCGUGUAAGUGA